UGUGACUUGGAGCUCACCCCAACCCAACCUACGCAGCUUGACCAUUCCUCAUCAACAACCUCCCUUUCUUUUCCCUCCACCUUCGCUCAUCUACAAAGACUCCUUUCUUUCUAGUUGUCCGCUUUUACGUCACAUUCGAUAUGUCACGGCGAUACGAUUCCAGGACUACCAUCUUCUCCCCCGAAGGUCGCCUUUACCAGGUUGAAUAUGCGCUCGAAGCAAUUUCGCACGCCGGCACGGCUCUAGGAAUUCUGGCCAAAGAUGGAAUCGUUCUUGCAGCGGAGAAGAAGGUGACUAGCAAGCUGCUAGAGCAGGACACUUCUGCGGAGAAACUUUACACUCUGAAUGAUAACAUGAUCUGUGCCGUGGCAGGUAUGACGGCAGAUGCAAACAUCCUAAUCAACUACGCCCGACAAGCCGCCCAGCGUUAUCUUCUUACCUACGACGAAGAAAUCCCAUGUGAGCAACUGGUCCGUCGACUGUGCGAUCUGAAACAGGGAUACACCCAACAUGGUGGUCUCCGUCCAUUCGGUGUCUCGUUCAUCUAUGCCGGCUACGACCCUCUUCGGGAGUUCCAGUUGUACCAGAGCAAUCCCAGUGGUAACUACGGUGGUUGGAAGGCCACUAGCGUAGGAGCAAACAAUGCAAGUGCCCAGAGUCUGCUCAAACAAGAUUACAAGGAAGACUGUGAUUUGAAGGAGGCGUGUGCUAUGGCCGUCAAGGUCCUGAGCAAGACUAUGGACUCUACGAAGUUAAGCAGUGAGAAGAUUGAAUUUGCGACGGUGGGAAAGACUCAGGAAGGGAAAAUUUACCACCACCUGUGGAAUGCUGACGAAAUUAAUGCUCUGCUGAAGCAGCAUGGGCUGGCUAAAGUUGAUGACGAGCCCGAGGCUGGGGACAUUAAAUAAAUCAUGAAAGAAUGCUUCUUGUUCAGUUACUCGGUCAAGAUAAUCCCAUAUUGUUUUUCUUGAAUAUUCCCUAUCAGUA